GACAACAAAUACAUAGUUCCGUAUUUACAGUAUUUUUGCAAACUGCUCCUUACUUCACCUCAUUUUACAUAGAGGCAUACGUGUAAAGCUUUAUUAUUUAAAUGUGUUUUGGUUGUUGUAAAAUGGGUAUAGAACCAAAUAACAUACUAAUCAGUUACUAAUACUAAAACUACAACUAUCGGUUUGGAAAGCAUGGCGGCGUCCUUGAGGAGCGCGAGGUUGCUGAGUGUAUUGACCAAGUUAUGCUCCGGAAACCGAAGUUUCCACGUCAGUGCUGUGUGCUUCAAGAAUAGAGCGGCUCGUAUUCGUGUUGGGAAAGGAGACAAACCUCUUACUUAUGAACAAGCUCACCCUCCUCAUCAAAUUGGUCAUAGGAAAGGUUGGCUUUCACAGCACACUAGUAACCUGAAAGGAGAGGGUGGAGCUGCGGAGCGUACAACUGAAGAUGUUUUUAUAAGACGCUUUAUGUUUGGCACUUUCCAUGGCUGCCUUGCCAAUGAGAUUGUGAUCAAAAGGCGAGGAAAUUUGAUUAUAGUAUGUGCUUUAAUGAUCCAGAAAUUACCCCCACAGAAGUUUUACUUUUUGAUUGGCUAUUCAGAGUCACUACUGUCACAUUUUUACAAAUGUCCUGUAAAAUUAGAAAUUCAGACUGUGCAGGAUAGACCUGUGUAUAAAUACAUAUAGGCUUACCCUUUGUUGAUUGUCAUUGUUUGUUUUUUUCAUGAAAUCUGAUUGAAUUCCAGAUUUAAGUAAAUGUGCAUAAAAGUACAUACAUUUUCAUUUUAUUUAACCAUUUUAAUCACAGUGCAAAUACAUUCACAUUUAAGGCACAUGAGCCAUGUCAGUGCAAACACGAGGCACUUUAAGCAAACAAUUCCCUUUAUGAAAACUCAGUUGUAAAAGAAUUUUGUUAUCACAUUGGCAGUCUCAAGACAAGUGAAAAAGUUAAAAAUCUAGUAUCUUUAAAAUAUAGUGCAUUAAAAAUACUUAAAUCAGCACAUCCAUUCAAGAAAAUACAGCAGUCUUCUUCCAAUUAAAGAGCAAUAAGUCAUAAAUUAUGGUUUCUGUUGACAGCCAUUCUCUACAUACCUUGGUAUGCGUAUGGUUGUGCAUUUGUUUAAAACAACUGAAUGCGUAAGAUUUGGACAAUACUAUACCAAAACUUAGAACAAGAGACCAUGGCCUAUGAAUAGCGAAUAACGGUGUGUCAGAACUCUCUGCAACUCUGUAAUGAUUCCUGUAAAUUGAACACCUCAUAUAAAUUUCAUGUUUUCAUAGUCUCUGCAGCCACUGCUUACGCAUGACUGAAGCUUAAUCAGUCGCUGAUUCAUGGUUUGGAGAACAGUUGGGUCCAUUUUCUUGAAAAUAUUUUCGAGCUGGUUGGGGUCUGACGUUAGGUUGUAGACCUCUACAAAUGACUAAAAAGACGAUAGUUGAAAUCAUUUUUCAUAUAGUUACAGCUGUGACUGAGUUAUACAUACCUCGCUGUCUGCAAACUCGCAGUAUUGGAGAUCUUGGUCUGAACUGAGGGUCCGUACACAUGCAUAGGUAUUGUUGUAGGCAUCUUCACAUACACAGUCGGGAAAACAUUGCUGGAAAAAGCACAUUGGAUUAAGUCAUUUUUAUAAAUGAUGUCUACUAAAAAAAAGGGUCAUUCUAAACAUGAGAUUAUGCUGAUUUUGUCAAGACCACUUACUGACAGUCCAGGUCCCAGUUUGGGACAACUUGGAUCUGAAGUUGGAGAUCCCUCUCCUGUAUAUUCCACAAGGAAAAAUGGCCGAGCUGUCCCAUUACGCAGUGAUGGGGCCUGGUGCAGUAUCAAUAUAAAUGUUGUAAAACUGAAAACACUUUCAUAAACAGUAGUACUACAAAAGAACAACCAUUUGGGAGAGGAAUGAUUGACCAUCCACAUUGACAGCUGACAGGUUCACUCCUGAGAUGUCCAGUAUAGUGGGUGCAAGAUCAAUGUUCAAAACAGGAGCCUAAACCACAAAAUAUAAAAUGUUACCAUUAGCUUUAAAUAAAAAUUGCUGGAGUUGAAGUAUUCUUGUGACCUUCACUGUAAUGUUUGGCUUGAUACCAGGACCCCGAACUAGGAGUGGAAUCCUAAUGUCAAACUCAUACAGCUGUCUUUUGUCGAUUGGCAGCGAGAACUGACCUGGAGCACAAAAUAAAAGUUGUUUAUCUGAAGCAUA